CGUUCAUGCAGGGAAAUGUUAGCAGGAAAAGCUACGACUUCAGUCAUUGGAUCAAAGCGCGCGGAAAGCAUACAGUCGCGAGACAUCAAGAAAUUGUCUUCUAAAACACCGUCUUGUAAUAACCCCUGAUAGAAUUUCGAAGCGUAGUUUGCGGUUGUUCUCCUCAAUUGACACUGACACUUCUUGUAAUACCUCAAGUUCGAACGCUUAACCCAUUUCAAGAUUGAUUACUAGGGUAAGACAGGCAGAAAGAAACCGGUCACAAGUGUUUGCCUGGGACCGCGUGUCUGCUCCAUUCGAUAUAUUCCUCACGGUUUGUUUCCCAGAUAUUCUACCACCAGACUUUUUGCUACCAGGAUACCAGCAUGGCCUCCGCAGACGCCAAGGCCUUGGAAAUGGCAGAGAAAGGGAAGAAUAUCGACGAAAAGCAGGAGGAGGAAGAGGAGGUGGAGAGAGUUGGAUGGGGAAAUAAAAUGGACUUUAUCAUGGCUUGUAUCGGCUAUGCCGUUGGACUUGGCAACGUGUGGAGAUUCCCAUACCUGGUGUAUAAAAACGGCGGAGGUGCCUUUCUCAUACCCUACUUCAUCUCUCUGGUGUUAUGUGGUGUUCCUAUAUUCUUUAUGGAAGUAUCUCUCGGCCAGCAGCUGCAGACCGGUGGUAUCAGUGUGUGGGAAAUAUAUCCUAUUUUAAAAGGUGUUGGUUUUGCUGGAGCUACCAUCUCGGCCAUCUUAAAUACGUACUACAUCGUCAUCGUCGCCUGGUCCCUCCUCUACUUUUUCUACUCGUUCCGUUCAAAACUGGUGUGGGGCGACUGCGACAACUACUGGAACGAUUUUUACUGUAACGAUCCCGCUCUUCAGGAGAAUUGUUCGGCUCCCACUGGCUAUUUCUGCGCUGCCAACGGCACGUUCCUCAAUAAGACAUUAGGAGAAUCACCAGCUCAACAGUUUUGGGAAAACCGAGUUUUAGGCAUCAGUGAUGGUAUCGAUAAUAUCGGAGGUCUCAGAUGGGAUCUUGUGGGAUGUUUGGCGCUCGGAUGGAUUCUAACAUAUCUUUGCAUUUGGAAAGGUGUUAAACAGACGGGAAAGAUUGUAUACUUCACAGCUUUGAUCCCUUACGUCAUUUUGUUGGCUCUCUUGAUCCGAGGUCUAACGUUACCCGGGUCUUCUGACGGUAUCUAUUACUACAUUAACCCUGAUUGGGAGCGUCUCAAAACACCAACAGUUUGGAUCGAUGCGGCAACACAAAUUUUCUUUUCAUAUGGCGUUGGAAUAGGAUCACUUAUAUCUCUUGGAAGUUACAACCCGAUUAGGAAUAAUUCUGUAAUUGAUACUGUCAUUGUAGGAAUAGUGAAUGCUGGAACAAGUUUGUUUGCCGGUUUUGUAAUCUUCUCUAUUCUUGGAUACAUGGCUUACGAGCAAGGGGUUGAUGUAUCAGAGGUUGUCGAUGAAGGGCCUGGUUUAACGUUUGUGGCCUACCCAACAGCUGUGUACUACAUGCCCGGUGCCCCGGCGUGGGCCAUCAUUUUCUUCGCCAUGUUGAUCAUGUUGGGUCUUGAUAGUCAGUUCUGUGUAGUGGAAGGACUUGCCACUUCUCUUAUGGAUGAGUUCCCAAACUACGGUCUUCGCAAGAACCGCUCCUUGUUUUUAGCCAUCUUCUGUCUCGUCGAUUUCGCUCUUGGUCUCCUUUGCGUAACAGAGGGAGGGAUGUACUUCUUCCAGUUGAUGGAUAGCUAUGGCGCGAGCGGUAUAUGCUUAUUAUGGGUCGCCUUCUGGGAAUGUGCGUCAGUGUCAUAUGGCUACGGUCUCAAGAACUUCUACAACAGGAUAAGCACGAGUAUUGGCUUCACCCCUGGAUGGUAUUGGCCUCUGUCUUGGGCAGCUCUCACCCCGGCAGUCAGCAUGGGUAUCUUCUUAUUCAGUCUUAUCGACUAUCAACCAGCUAAGUACGGUGAGGACUACUACUAUCCCGUCUGGGGUGAGAUUAUCGGUUGGAUGAUGGCUAUUGUCUCUAUGCAGUGGGUUCCAAUCUAUGCCAUUUAUAUCAUCCUUACGACACCAGGUUCAUUCAGAGAGCGAUGUCGAAUCGCCACGACACCCCGCAUCGCUCUCCCCGAACCGGAAGACGACAACCAGACUGUAUCAGUGGAAGGAAACGGCAGCGACGGGUCCGAAUCAAUCAAGAACAACGCAACAGCGCCACCAAACUACGACUCCGCAACGGCGUUAAAUGGUGAAAAGAAACUUGAUUACGAAAAUGAAGGAUUCACUCCGUUAUAAAAAUGACAAGGGAUUAUAAUGAAAAUGACACUGUUUGGUGCAAUGCGAAUUUCACAUCGGGGCUUUUUUUUUAAUCAACGUUGAGGAUGAAAUAGAAGCCCGAUGAAACCUGUUGGCUUGCUCCGCCGCAGGUGAAGCGAAGGCGAUUUGGUGUCAAGGUGAACAAGAUUAAUAUCAUCUUCCCAGAACGCUCUUCGUUUGGAUUAACAUGCAGUCUUCGCCCUAUGGAAUGAUGGUAUCGGAGCCUAUUAGUAAAUAUAAAUUUACAACUUCAAAGCCUUAUUAUACUGGCUCGAUCAUUCUUCCAUUUUGUAUCCCGCCAUUUUGUUUCUAAUUGUGUGAAGCGACUGUCCGAUAUUUUGUCCAGUCAUCUGAUAGUGGGGAUCGAUUCGAGGUUGUAAUAAUGAUGAAAGUGAAAUCAUGAUGAUGUAUUAUGAAUCGUCGAUUUAAGAAUGCCGAAGAUGGUUGCGGCCCCUUAUCUAUCAUAAGGCCUGCUAUCACCUUUGCUAAACACUAUUGCAGCAUUUGCUUGCUCCACAUGCAGUUUGAGCUUGGAACAUUCGUUCUAUCUAAAACCGCUUUUAUUAAUACAAAUAUGUCUAUAGAUGAUUUCGGUGAUUCAGUCACUAGUGUUACAAUGAUCCUGCUGAUAUUACAUCUGCCUUUUUUUGGGGGGUUCACUUUUAGUUCUUUUUAAUGCUUCCGCUCUGACGGGUGCCGAGGGCAUAAAUUGUUUUUUCUCUCUCUCUCUCCUUCUUUCGGCACCCUCUUCUUUUCCUCUUCUCUUUCUUUUUCUCCACCUUCUCCUUUGUUUCAUUUAUCCUUCCUGUCUUUUCUCUUUUUUUUCAAUCUGCACAAAAUUGUAAUCUAAUUUUCUUUUCAUGUUUGUAUAAGUAUACCAGAAACUUUAACUUGCCUUUUUUAAGAAGAGAUCAUUUUAAUCAGAAUGGGAGUAAUUCUUUUUUUUUUAGUGAAUACUUUGUUUUCUACUUAGAAAGUUAAUGAACGCAGCUGGUAGGUCAGGUAUUUAAUCUUCACUUAAAGCAGUUGAUUUGCAAUUUAAACAAGUCAAUAUUAUAUUUCUAAUGGUGAAAUGUGUUACGUGAAAUCAUAUCGUGCUAUAUCAUGCAGAAAUGUUAUUUUUCUCUCAUAGUUAUUAUUUUAUUUUUAAGAAUUAUUCCUCCAACACAAAUUCGUUGAAAGUGGGAUUUAUUUUAAUGUAAUCUAUUGCAUCUAAAAGGUGGUCGUUUCAGUGUCUUAAAUUCUUACUGCAUUGGCUGCCGCUGUUUAGGGAUUUUUUUUUUAAUAUAGAAAAAAUGUAUUUGUCAUUUCAUCUCAGGAAAUAUUUUGUCUCUUUUUUUUCUAUCCCUCCCUCUCUCUAUAUAUUCCUCUCUUUUAUUGUAAUCAUAGUGUAAGGUUCUAUAGUACAGAUAAGAAAACUCUUUAUUUUUGGAAUUUGGAUGAACUAUAUCAUUAAAAUGUAUGCAUAUAUGUAUUAUAGUGUACAUAAAAUAACAUUGAAUCCCUUGGUAUACCACGGCUAGAAUAAAAGUUGAUACUUUAUUGCAAAUGUUUAUGCUUGGAUAAAUUGGAAUAUGAUAACAUCGAUUAGGUAAAAUAUUUCUUUUCUUUUUUUAUUCAGAAAUACGAUUAAUUUAGAAGUAAGCAUAAAUUUCAAUCAGAGCAUUCUGCUUACAUCAUCGCAGGAGCCUCUUUCACAACCAAUUGUGAAUAUACUAGUUUUAGCUUUACCAUUAUGGUAGUUUUCAAUGGAAAGCUUGAUUUUAUUUAGCUGACGGUCGAGCCCUUUAGCCAUGGUAGUUGAAAUGGCAGAAGUACUAAAAUCGUAAAAUAUUUUUAAUCGGGGUAUACAGAUUUGUAUUACAGUUAAUAAAAAAUAUUAUUUUCUUCUCUUUGUUCUUUCUCAAAUUAAGAUAUUUUUUAAUGGUGUGCUGCGGUUCGGAUGCAUCUAAAAUUAUACGAAUUUGAUCUCUACCCAAAAAAAUGCACUAAAAGUCGAGCAGAAUUAAAAAAAAAAUAACAAUAUUUUGUAAAAUGAGUUUCCAUUCAACGCGUAAAACGGUAAAUUGUUUUCCUCUUCUCAUCCAAAAGUUGUUCAAAUGUCUUUGUUCUUACUGGAUGAUGUUUUCAAGUCUGAUGAUGGCCUUUUGGUGUUGGUGUUGGGCCAUUUUUACAGCAUUACACACAACUCAGAAUGAAGCUGCUCCUGCGGCGAAUCUAAGUUCAACGCUGUGAUUCGGGUCAAUGCUAUAUACUUAGAUUUUGUAUAUAGGAGCUAUCAAACUCAAUUCAAAUUGUGUUCCAAUACCAACACAUAACUUUGAAAUCACCCUUUACAAUUGUAACUAGUAACAUCAUGAUUAUUUCCGUGUAGUCUAUGCAGCAUCAAACUGUAUUCUUACACUAAAUAUAAAAAAGGCUGCGUAUGUGAAAACGUACUAUAGUAGUUGUUUGGUGAUAUUCACUGCUAGUUUGUUAUUCGAUGAUGUCACAUUGGUUUGUCUUUUUUAUUUUCUAUCAAUGCACAAUUUCCCCUUUGCAAACAGUUGAUCUGUGUUGGUACGAGUGUCUCAUUGUGACGCAACCAUUAGAACAACUCUGCAGUGCAGGUGUGUUUAAUAUUAAACUAGAAAUCAAUUCUUCCCUUGUUUAGGACUUAAUGGCCUUUCUAAAUUAGACAUUUCCAGCGACUUUCAUCCAUGGUGAUAUAACAAUCCCGAUGAAAUUUUUUAAGAGGGAAAUAUUACAGAACUGAAGAAUCGCUCUCAUACGUAGUGCGGUACAACAUAAAUCGCUAAAUGAUAUCAAUUCAUUUUCAUUUAUUUUCCAAUAACGGAGUAGACCAGAAAUUUAAUAUAAAAUAUACAGCUGCAUUCAUUCUGGGGAAUACUUCAAUUGCAGAUUAACUUGUGAACUAUAUAUAUUUUGCGUGUAACAUUUAUUUGCUCACUCGAACUUCAAUCUUUUGUCUGUCUUCCUCCACAUGUAACAGAUGAUUUAAGUAUGAUUAUAUUUCUUCCACUUCUCAGAGAUAUUUGUAUAUUGUGGAAGAUAAUAAAAGAGACGUUUCUUCAUUAA